AUGGAGAUGUUGAAAUCAAUUCAGCUCGACUUACAGAGUCAAAGACUUGAAUUGAAAAAUCUUGCUCAGAAGGAGGAGAUGCGAGAGAAAGCCGUUCAAUCAUUAACCACACAAAUGGCCCAACUUGCAACCGAUGUGAAGGAGCUGAAACAGAAUAGUGGGAAACUACCAAGUGAUACAACACCAAAUCCCGCUCAUCAAAAGAAGGGCAGUCCAGUCGGCCAGGUAAGUACUUUACGUAGUGGUAGGAAUUAUCACAAGGUCGACACUCCACCACAGCUCGUGGAUGGUGUGGUGGAGGAUUUAGGUGAAAAUGGUGAGAGUGACGAUGAGUCGGAGCCUAACAUUGUUAAAAGUAAUGGUAAAAACACCCAACCUACAACUUCUGAACCAACCAAGGCUAAGGAAGGGGAACAUAUUCUACCUCCCUUUCCUGAAGCCUUGAAGGAUCCGGGUAACACGAAAAUAAUCAAUAAAAGGGGACCUCAACCGGAGGAAAUUUUAGAGGUAUUUAAACAAGUAAAAAUCAACUUACCCUUAAUCGACGCCAUUAAACAGGUUCCGGCUUAUGCUAAGUAUCUAAAGGAUUUGUGCACUCAAAAACGGCAGCACAAAGUCCCUAAAAAAGUGGAUCUCACUGAUGCAGUUAGUGCAGUAUUGAAUGGGGUCCUUCCACCUAAGCUACGAGAUCCCGGGACGCCUUUAAUUUCUAUACAAGUUGGCGAUUUUAAAAUGAUUAGGGCGUUGUUGGAUCUCGGAGCUAGCGUGAGUAUCCUUCCAGGAAGCUUGUACGACCAAUAUGAUUUUGGUCCACUGCGUCGUGCCGACACAACUGUUGUGCUGGCAGAUUUGACCCCUAAGCUUCCUCGAGGGAUAGUUCGCGAUGUGAUAGUUAAGGUGGAAGAGUUCUUUUUCCCUGUAGACUUUUUGGUGCUAGAUUAUGUCUCUGCUGAUAAAAACAAUCAACCAAAUGUUAUCUUGGGCCGACCUUUCUUAGCCACUGCACACGCUCAGAUCGAUUGUCGCACCGGUACUGUUGAUAUGACAUUUGGCAAUAGAAAGGUCCGAUUAAAUGUGUUUUCUAACGUUACUGACAUGUUUCAAAGUGAUGAAUGUUUCAUGGCAGAUAUUAUAGAUGGAUGCGAUCCUCAUGUCGAGGAUGAGGUGCCCGAAUGUUGUUUGUUUUGUGACAGGGUAGAGGAAAAUCACACGUGUGAUUUGGAAGAGGAAGUUCGGAAGUUGGAAGCACAAGCGGUGCAAGAGAGAAGGCCUCCAUGGUCUCAUCAAGUGGAGAGCCUUCCAGCUGAGAUUUCUUCAGGGUUGAAACCGUCACUAAUCAGCCCACCAAAAGUAGAGUUGAAAGAGCUGCCUGCGCAUCUAAAGUAUGCAUUCUUAGGAGAGGAUCAGACUCUCCCGGUAAUUAUUGCAGCUAAUUUGGAGAAAGAACAAGAAGAAGCAUUACUGAAGGUGCUGAAGACCCAUCGAGCUGCGAUCGGGUGGACUCUCGCUGAUUUGAAAGGUAUAAGUCCUUCUGUUUGUAUGCAUAAAAUUAUUACUGAUGCAGAUGCGAAGCCUGCACGGGAUACACAAAGGAGGCUUAAUCCUAACAUGCGGGAAGUGGUAAAGAAAGAGGUAAUCAAGUGGUUGGACCAUGGGAUCAUAUAUCCCAUUUCAGAUAGCGCGUGGGUGAGUCCAACUCAAACGGUGCCGAAGAAAGCAGGCAUUCAAAUUGUCAAGGGUGAUAAUAGCGAGCAGAUAGCCACCCGGCCGGUAACCGGGUGGCGGGAACAAUUGGUACAAGCCCCAAUCUUGCAAUCACCCGAUUGGACAAAGCCGUUUGAAAUAAUGUGUGAUGCAAGCGAUUUCGCUAUUGGGGCUGUACUUGGCCAACGAGUAGAUAAGAAGCCAGUAGUUAUCUACUACGCAAGCAAAACCCUCUCCGAUGCUCAGUUGAAUUAUACCACAACGGAGAAGGAGUUGCUUGCCGUUGUUUAUGCUUUGGAUAAAUUCCGGUCUUAUAUUUGUGGAAGCAAGGUAAUUGUUUACUCUGAUCAUAGUGCAGUCAGGUAUCUAAUGGAGAAAAAGGACGCCAAACCAAGACUGAUUCGGUGGGUCCUACUGUUGCAAGAGUUUGAUCUCGAAAUCAGAGACUAG